GUAUAAAACGCAGAGAAUAUGCAGGAAAUGAGAGAAUCGUGCUUCUUGGAAACCAAUCCCCAUUUUUCUGUUUCGAUUCGCCACUUUCUUCCUCUGUUUUCUCAAAUUCCAAUUCCGUACUCUCACACAGAAUCGCCCAAAAUCAAGAUCUCUGAUAAUGGCCACGCUUCCCGACUCUCUGUUCGGGGAACCGUCGGCUGCCGAACGAACCACCGCGCCGAAAUCCAACACUUCUCAUCCUCCUAAUUCAGACCUAAACAAGGUCUCUAUCGAAAAGCUGAUUCUCGCUCUCCACAACGCCCAUACUCGCGAGCGUGCUUUGCAGCUUCUCUCUCAGAAUAGGAGUAGGAGUGACGAUUUGGCUGUUCUGAUAUGGCAUUCCUUUGGUACGAUGUUUACCCUUCUGAAGGAAAUCAUGGAAAUUUACCCUUCGCUGUCCAAGCCCGAUCUUACAGAAAGGGCUUCAAUUAGGGUCUGCAAUGCUCUUGCUCUUCUUCAGUGUGUGGCUUCUCACCCAGAAACAAGGGUGCCAUUUAUGAAAGCCAAGAUCCCACUCUAUUUGUACCCUUUCCUUAAUACCACCAUUAAGGAAAAGCCUCAUGAAUAUCUCAGGCUCACAAGCUUAGGAGUAAUUGGUGCUCUAGUGAAGGUUGAUGACAAGGAAGUAAUUUACUUCCUACUCAAAACUGAAAUAGUUCCAUACUGCCUGCGAUGCAUGGAUGUGGGAAAAGGCUUGUCGAAAACGGUUUCCACAUUUAUUCUUCAGAAAAUUCUAAUGGAUGAAGAGGGAUUGAGGUACUGCUGUCUCGUAGCUGAUCGAUUUUUCGCAAUAACUAGUGCCUUGGAAACAAUGAUGGAAAAAAUUUCAGAUGAACCCUCACAACGUCUGCUAAAACAUAUUGUUCGCUGUUAUCUUAAGCUAUCUGAAAGUCCAAGGGCUUGCCCGGGACUUGCUAAACUCCUUCCUCAGAUGUUAAACGACAGCGCGUUUACCGACCUCCUUCGUGAUGAUCCAACAGUCAUGAGCUCCUUCCAUCAGUUGCUUCGCAAUGUACAUGAGAAUAGAUUACGAGAGAAUGAAGAUGAAUAUGGCACUCCCAAAACAGAUGACUCCUUAAAAUUUAGUGUUAUGAAGGGGAAUCUCAUCUUGGCUUUCACAAUCUCUCCUACUAGUUGAACUUUGAGCUUAAUUGGGUUUUUCAAAAAAACUAAAGGUCUAAAGGGAAUUAAAAUCGUAACCGUUCAAGCCACCGUCAACAGAUAUUAUCUUCUUUGGACUUUCUCUUCCAAGCUUUCUCUCGAGGUUUUAAACGGCGUUUGGUGGGUGGAAGUUUUCACAUCAAGUGUUUUGUUCCUUUCUCCGCAUCUGGUAGGUAAGGUUUUCACACCCUUUACAUCAAGUGUUUUGUUCCUUUUUCCGCAUAUGGUAGGUAAGGUU